AUGUCAGCAUUUUGUUGUAAGGUGGAAUCUCGGGCCCAAGCUGAGGAGCGACUCCUGAAAACUCUCUUCACUAGUUACAACAAAUUGUCCCGACCUGUCGUCAACUCUUCUGAUGCAGUCCUUGUCCACUUUGGACUGUCGAUUGCACAACUCGUAGAUGUGGAUGAAAAGAAUCAAAUGAUGACGACUAAUGUCUGGAUUAAGCAGGAAUGGCAUGAUUUUAAGCUUCGCUGGAACCCUUUGGAAUACGGGAAUGUGACAUCGAUCAGAGUUCCAUCGGAGCUCCUCUGGAGGCCUGAUAUUGUUCUAUACAACAAUGCUGAUGGAGACUUUGCCAUCACCCACUUGACGAAGGCUCACCUGUUCUACAGCGGCAGGAUCAAAUGGACUCCUCCAGCCAUCUACAAGAGUUCCUGUAGUAUCGAUGUGACCUUCUUUCCCUUUGACCAGCAGAACUGUACCAUGAAAUUUGGAUCAUGGACCUUUGACAAGGCCAAGAUAGACCUGAUGAGAAUGGAUAAACAUGUUGACCAACAGGAUUACUGGGAAAGUGGAGAAUGGGUCAUUAUCAGCGCAGUUGGGAAUUACAACAUUAAAAAGUAUGAAUGUUGUAAAGAAGUCUACUCAGACAUUACCUAUUCCUUCCUGAUAAGACGACUCCCUCUGUUCUACACUAUUAACCUCAUAAUUCCCUGUUUGCUUAUAUCAUGUUUAACAGUGUUGGUCUUUUACCUCCCCUCAGACUGCGGUGAAAAGAUUACACUUUGCAUCUCUGUGUUGCUUUCACUGACUGUCUUCCUCCUUCUUAUAACAGAGAUCAUUCCUUCCACAUCUCUUGUCAUCCCCCUGAUUGGGGAAUAUCUUCUCUUCACUAUGAUAUUUGUCACUCUGUCCAUUGUUAUCACAGUCUUUGUGUUGAAUGUUCACCAUCGUUCCCCCCACACACACAUCAUGCCAGCCUGGGUACGCAAGUUCUUCCUGGAUGUCAUUCCCCGUAUUCUCUUCAUGCAAAGACCUGCUGCUGUGAAAAAAAAUGGUAAUAAACUGAUUGUAUCAAUGCAUGAAGCAUUGAGCUCUUCAACCUACCCUGCUGAAGCUGAGGACGAGCAAAACCAUUUUGCCCAAGGAUCAGACAAGCAAUCAAAUACUGACACAUCAUUGGUGACUCAAUGUUAUCUUCAGGAAGACCAGGGAAAGCCCAAAGCACUUUGCAGAUCACUGUCUAGCCAAUACAGCAUUUUACAGGAGGACCAGACACAAGCUAGCUGUCCAUACUCUUCACCCACCAACCUUCCUCACUGUCACACCAAGGAACAGCCCAGCUCUUGCUCCAAAGGGAGGUCGUUGAGUCUUCAAUAUUCUGAUGGACAGGAGGACCCACACCAGACCAAUGCCCAAUGUGGGUCCUGCAGUAUCCAAUACAGCCACCUGCAUGAGGAUCCACCCCAUUCCAAUCGGCAUUCCAUGUCCACGGUCAUUCAACAACGCCAUAAGAAUGGAGAUCCCACCCAGCCGGCUUCAUCUCCUUGCAAAAGCAAACAUGGAAACAAAGUGAAGAGAGCAGCCUCAGGCACAAAGCGAGAUUCUAAGGUAGUGAAUCCCAGACAGCAGCAGAAUGUAACACUAACCCCAGCCAUGAAGUUGGCAAUUGAAGGUGUCCAAUACAUUGCUAACCACUUACGUGCAGAGGAUGCUGAUUUCUUAGUAAAGGAAGACUGGAAGUAUGUCGCCAUGGUGAUUGACCGCAUCUUUUUGUGGAUAUUUAUUAUCAUUUGCUUACUGGGAACUCUGGGACUCUUUCUGCCUCCUUGGAUGGCAGGAAUGCUGUGA